AUGUAUCUAUUACUGCUUGGGACUGAUGUGCUGAUCAUAGCGAAGCUGUACAAAAUGCGAGUGUUGGGCAGGAAUAAGAAGCGUCCAGUGGAAGUUUUAGUUGCCCUCGAUAUCCGGCUUGCUACCGCGUUUUUUUACAUCGUCAUCGUCAACUCGCUAUUUACGGUUUACGUGGUCUGUAUCGCAAUUUUUCCGGUCCAAGCAAUUCCAUAUCUGAACGUGCUCGUCUACGACCUCGACUUGAGCAAAUGCACCAUCUACGUGCUUAUCGUUACGAUGAAA